AUUUUGGUCAGUGACUAAUGUUUUCUUACCUAAUCAGUGACAACUGUCAUGAUUUAAACAUAUAAUCACAAAACCAGGAUUAACACAUCACACAAGGCCAAACAAACUUACUCCUUUAUUGGCUGCUGUGGCUUAAAUCAUUCAGAUUAAAAAUGUAUUCAUGCCAGUAUAGCUUCCUUGGACUCAAUGCUCAAAACUCCUGUGGCUGGACUGGACCUUUAGGCCAAAACCUGAAGAUCUCAGAAAAAACAACAGCUAUGAGUUCAAUUCUGCUACUAAUUACAUCAUGUAUGAGUUUAAUAAUGCAUAUAAACUACCCUGUAGUAGGCUCUCGUCUCAUUUCACUCAAAGUCCGACUGCAUAGCUGUGUUCUUCAUCAGUAGAAAUGAUCUCAUUUGUCAAUCGAAAUUAAGACAUUAAACAGAAGGAACACAUGCUCUGAUAUAACAAGUAAUUAACAUUUUACAUUUUUUUCAUAUUAUCUGUGCUCUUUCUGAUAAAAUUAAAGGAGGACACAAAAUACAGAUGACUCCUUUGCAAUUGUUGCCCACCACUACUCAUGGUCUAUACUAUAUCUUAUGUGUGUCUUUUCUAAUAAUAAUCCAUUUAUUUGUGUUAUUGUUUCAUUAAGAAUGAGAAGGGAAGCCCUGUGCAGAUUGAUGUGAGCUAUACCUUUGAUAAUGUUUUCUGUAAAAAUAAACGUUGUGGGAUCAGAUAUAUUUUAAAACAAUUAACAAUACAUUAUUUUUAAUUUGCAAUUCUGUCACAUGAGAAUAACACUGUAUUUGAACUAAUUAAAGAGGUUUUCAUAAUGACAUAAAACAUAUUAAGUUUCAGCACUAAAAUAGUUGCUGAAGAGUUUGAUCAUUUCUAUGCAGUGGUUAUAUUUUAUUUCUACUCAAGGUGUCAGUAUAGACCAGAUAAGCGUGUAACAUUGACCGUGCUUGUCUUACAUCCUCCAUUACUGGGAUUGGUCGGUGUGUGUUCUGUGCUAUUUAAGACUGGUGGUCACAGCGGAGAGAAAAUCAUAGAUUUGUGAGGAAAUUAUUUUACGGGUAAAAACGUAGUUUUGUCGCUUGUGGCAUUAAGCUGCGCAACGAUGGCAUUUAGUCUGCGAAUCGCAUUAAUCUGCGGACUCUUUGUUUUCUUUGUGCUGCACUGCGCUCACGGAGACCUGACCUAUUCAGUCGAAGAGGAGCUGAAACACGGAUCUGUCAUUGGAAAUAUCGCAAAGGAUUUGGGACUGGAUUUCGGGAGACUGGCUGCGCGUAAAGCGCGUGUCGAAAUGGAAGGAACUGAUAAACAGUAUAUAACAAUCAACCAGAAAAAUGGGGAUGUGGUCGUUGUAGGGAGGAUAGACAGAGAGGAGCUUUGCGGGGAGAAGCCGACAUGUGUUCUCAAAUUCGAUCUGCUUUUAGAAAAUCCUCUGGAAUUACAACGACUGUCUCUCCAGGUGCAGGAUAUAAACGAUAAUUCACCCGUUUUCCAAAAGGAUGUAAUGAAGCUGGAAAUCGGAGAAUCAGCCGAUAAAGGAACAAGGUACCGUGUGACUGCUGCUCAUGAUUCAGACAUAGGCCAGAACUCCGUUCAAAGCUACGUUUUGAAUAAAAACGCGCACUUCGUGUUUAAUAUUCAGACAUCCAGCAGUGGCAGCAAAUAUGGAGAGCUGGUUUUGGAUAAAGAGUUAGACCGAGAAGAUCAGAACGAACUGAGACUGCUGCUCACAGCUGUAGAUGGAGGAUCUCCUCCUAAAUCUGGGACUGUAGUUAUUCAUGUCACUGUGCUGGAUGCUAACGAUAAUGCUCCCGUUUUUACCGAGUCUGUUUAUUCAGCCAGGUUACCGGAAAACUCUCCGGUAAAAACUCCAGUUGUUACAGUUAGUGCAACAGAUGCAGAUGACGGUGUUAAUGGAGAGGUCACGUAUGAAUUUAGCCGACUGUCUGAUAAAGCAGGGAAGCUUUUUUCUAUUGAUCAGAAAUCUGGAGUAAUCUUUGUAACAGGUGACGUAGAUUAUGAAGAAGGUCCUAGAUAUGAAGUUAUGAUUGAAGCUAAAGAUGGAUACGGACUAACCUCAGAAGUUAAACUAAUAAUUGACAUAAUUGAUGUGAAUGACAACGCCCCACUGAUUAAUCUAAAGUCCCUGUCCAACCCGGUACCUGAGAACGCACCACCUGGUACAGAGGUGGGCAUCAUCAACGUGCAGGACAGAGACUCUGAGAAGAACCGACAGGUCCGCUGCUCCAUCCAGCAGAACGUUCCUUUUAAGUUGGUUCCUUCCAUUAAAAACUAUUAUUCUCUGGUGACCACAGGACAGCUGGACCGUGAACUAGUGUCUGAUUACAACAUUACAAUCAGUGCCACUGACGAGGGCUCUCCACCUCUGUCCUCCUCUAAAACUGUUCAGUUAUCUGUAGCUGACAUCAACGACAACCCACCUGUGUUUGAGGAGCAGUCCUACAGCGCUUAUGUGAGUGAAAAUAACAAACCUGGCUCCACUUUAUGUUCCGUUAGUGCUCGAGACCCGGACUGGAGACAAAACGGUACCGUGAUUUAUUCUCUGUUACCUGCUGAGGUGAACGGCGCGUCGGUGUCCUCCUAUCUAUCAGUUAACGGAGACACGGGGGUGAUCCACGCUGUCAGGUCGUUUGAUUAUGAACAGCUGAGGAGUUUUAAAGUCCACGUGAUGGCCAGAGACAACGGUUCUCCUCCUCUCAGCAGCAACGUGACCGUGAUUGUGUUCGUAUCAGAUGUGAAUGACAACUCUCCUCAGAUACUGUACCCCGCCCCGGAGGGCAGCUCCUUCAUGACCGAGCUGGUCCCCAAAGCUGCACACGGAGGCUCUCUGGUGUCCAAAGUGAUAGCGGUGGACGCGGACUCUGGACAGAACGCCUGGCUGUCCUAUCAGAUAGUCAGAUCCACUGAUCCGGGACUUUUCACUAUCGGUGUGCACAGCGGAGAGAUCAGGACGCAGCGGGACAUUUCUGAAUCCGACAGCAUGAAACAGAACCUGAUUGUAGCAGUGAAAGAUAACGGACAGCCCUCUCUGUCUGCCACCUGUGCCAUGUAUUUACUGAUUUCUGAUAACUUGGCUGAGGUGCCAGAGCUGAAAGAUAUUUCUUAUGAUGACAAGAACUCCAAACUGACCUCGUAUCUGAUCAUUGCGCUGGUGUGUGUGUCCACCUUCUUCCUGACCUUCAUCAUCAUCGUCCUGGGUGUGAGGUUUUGUCGCAGGAGAAAGCCCAGACUGUUGUUUGAUGGAGCAGUGGCCAUUCCCGGAGCUUAUCUCCCUCCUAAUUACGCAGAUGUUGAUGGAACAGGAACUUUACGCAGCUCCUACAACUAUGACGCCUAUCUGACAACAGGAUCUAGAACCAGUGACUUUAAGUUUGUGUCAUCUUACAAUGACAACACGCUGCCUGCUGACCAGACUCUGAAGAAAAGUCCCUCUGAGUUUGCUGAUGUGUUUGGAAGUUGUGAUUCUUCUCCUGAGGUAAGAAUUUGCCCUUCAUAAAAAUAAAAAAUAAAUGAAUUGCCUUGAAAAAAGGAAUCAGAUUAUAUAAAAAUAAUUUUCAAUUAAAUUUGUUUUGUGUUUAAUUUGCCUUUUGAAUCAGAGUCCAGCUAAUGCUGCUUGAAAAAUUCUCUUUUUCAAUGAGGCUAUUACAAUAAAUUAUUAUUAUUAUUAUUAUUAUUAUUAUUAUUAUUAUUAUUAGUAGUAGUAGUAGUAGUAGUAGUAGUCGUAGUCGUAGUAGUAGUAGUCGUAUUAGUAUUAUUAGGAAUAUUAAUAUUAUUUAAAAGCAACCUAAUCCAUCUGCAUUGUUCCUUUGGGGUCAUCUACACUUUUCGUUUUGUAUUUCUGUCUUUAGUGCUGAAUGUUCUAGUAGCUGCUGCCAUUCACUAUCUAGUUUUUUGUUUGUUUAUUUCCCUUUGUUUAUUUCUUUAUUUUUUGUUACAUAUUUAUGAGAAAUCUUUAUCACUGUGAGGAACAGCAAAUGUUAAAGUAUUUAAGACAAUAAAAUAAGGUUUUAAUUUGUUUUGACAUCCUCUAUAAUAACUGCUUCAUAUAAAAAGAAUUUUGUGUUGGAUUUUGCUUGAUUUGUUUCAUGUUUACCCACCAAGAUAUUGAAAAUAGGCUGGAGUUGUAAUAACUUUUUAUUUUAUUUUGGUAUCGUCAUUUGUCCAACCUCUUUAAAAUCAAAUACAACUUAUUUGUCUAACUCACCUCGUUUGGUCACCUGCAUCAUUGAGUGAUGUUACAGUCAGUCUAGCCCCUCUUAGCACUCCUCUCUGACAACAUGAACCAGUGACUUUAGGUUUGUUUCAUCUUGCACGCUACCUGCUGAUUACACUGAAGAAAAUUCCCUCUAAGUUUGCUGAUGUGUUUGUGAUUAUUCUGCUGAUGUUUUAAUUUCUUAGUGAUUGGCAGCUAAUCUACGAUGCAUUUUGUAUCUGCUUUAUAUGAAGGUGGAGAUGGGGUAAGGGAACUUUUAUCCCCUGGUUUGUGGUUUCAUCUUAGCAUUCCUGAACAAUCUGG